UGACGUCAAUGGAGCUGUUCAAAGUGUGGUGGUGCUGGAGAAGAAAUCCAUGCAGUCCGUCGGGAGAAGCGCAGCGCCUGCACGGUGGUCUGUUCGAAAAUUUCCAGAGCACUGAGCGAAGCACCACUCACUGCUUUUGAUGUAGAGGGAAGGGGAACAAGUGUCCCACCUGUUUGUAAACCACGCCAUUGAAACUGUUUCAGGUUCGAGUGGGGAUGGCAGGUCCCGGAGUGCUGUAAGUCCCGCAGCCCAGAGGGAAAUGGGAUAUCCCCCACCCGAGGAGUAGUCACUCUCACCUGGCCAUGUCCCACAGCAGGAGACUGUAAUACCUCAUUCCCCCCACCAGAGGGCCUGCCCGGGGCAGGGAGAGCAGAGACCCCUCUGGACCCCGCCCGCGUGGUGGCGCCGUGGCCGUGCCUACAGGGGGCGCCAGAGGGAACCAUGUAGCGGGCCUCUCUCCGGGCGAGGGGGGGCGGGCAGAUUCGUCUCUUUUCUUUCUUUUUUUUUUCUUUUUUUUUCCCUGUCAUCGUUGCCGCGGUAGCCGAACGCCGCGUUCCAGCUGAGCCCAAGAUGGCGCUGCACGCGGCCCCGUUCUCCAGCCCCCUGCUGGGCUUCCUGAGCGGCCUGUCCUGGGCGCUGGUGUUCCCCUGCUACUGGCUGCUGGACCGGCUGCUGGCGUCCUUCCUGAGCACGUCGCAGGAGAAGCGGCGGCGCUCCCAGGACCCCUGCUCCUUCCUGGCGCUCUGCGUGCUGGUCUCCACGCCGCUCUACCUGCUGCUCAUCCUGGCCGCCCUGCCGCUCGCCCUGCUGGGCUUCCUGCUGUGGGCCCCGCUGCAGGCCGCCCGCCGGCCCUACGCCUACAGCCACCGGCGGGCCGACGCCCGGCGCGCCGAGCAGGGCGGAGGAGGAGGCGGGGCGGCGGCGGCGGGGGCGCAGGGGGAGUGGCGCCCGCAGGGGCGGAGCUUCUGCUUCUGCAGCGCCAACGUGUGCCUGCUGCCCGACUCGCUGGCGCGCUUCAACAACCUGUCGGACACGCAGGGGCGGGCCCGCGAGGUGGGCCGGCGAAUCCGCAACGGCGCCAGCCGCCCGCAGAUCAAGAUCUACAUCGACUCGCCCACCAACACGUCCAUCAGCGCCGCCUCCUUCAGCAGCCUGGUGCAGCCGGGCGGCGGGGGCUUCCGCCGCACCUCCUCCCUGGACCACCGCCCCGACAGCAACGGGGAGGCCGAGCCGCGGGAGGGCGGGGGCGGGCCCGGGCCGGGGCCCGGCGGCGAGGAGUGCCCGCCCCCGGCGGACUGUCCCACCAACCCCGUGGCGGGGGGAGGGGCGCAGACGCAGCCCGAGCCCCCCCUCCAGCCGGCGGGGGUCCAGAUCAGCAUCAGCGCCCCGGAGCCGGAGCCCGAGGAGGACCCGGCCGGGCCCCGCCCCACGGGGGGCGAGGGGGCCGACGCGGGGAGCCUGGACAGCCGCACGGCCUCGCGGGAGUCGCUGGCCCGUUUCCACGGCUGCGACGGCGGUGGCGUGUCCAACAACACCCUCUCCCACCGCACCUCCGUGUUCAAGAAGCCCGCCCUGCGCAGGCGUCGCCACGGCGACGACGGCUUCGACCACGAGAUCUCGGCCUUCUUCCCCGCCAACCUGGACUUCCUGUGCCUGCAGGAGGUGUUCGACCGGCGGGCGGCCGCCAAGCUGCGGCGGCAGCUCCACCGCUACUUCCCCUUCGUCCUGAGUGACGUCGGCCGCUACGCCUGGAAGGGGUGCUGCUCCCGCUUCAAGUUCCUCAACAGCGGCCUGCUGCUGGCCAGCCGGUACCCCAUCCUGGACGCGGACUACCAGUGUUACCCCAACGCGCGCGGCCACGACGCCUUGGUCUCCAAGGGGGCGCUCUUCGCUAAGGUACAGGUGGGCACUUCUCUUCAGGAGCAGAGGAUUGUGGGAUACCUCACCUGCACUCACCUCCAUGCCAUUGAAGGAGAUUCGGCGGUGCGCUGCGAACAGCUGGACCUGCUGCUGGAGUGGGGGGCGGAGUUUCGGAGAGCCACCUCGCGCCCCGCCGGGGACAAAGGCCUGGAGGACCAGGUGGCCUUCGACGUCCUCCUGGGGGACCUGAAUUUCGACAACUGCUCCUCAGGUGCCCGGGGCGAGCAGCAGCAUGUUCUCUUCACUCAUUAUAAGGACCCGUGCCGCAUGGGACCCGGAGAAGACAAGCCCUGGGCUCUGGGUACGCUGCUGGACCCCAGCGGCCUCUACGACGAGGAGGUCAGCUCUCCAGAGAGCCUGCAGAAGGUGAUGGAGAACGAGGAGGGGAGGAAGGAGUACCUGGUGUACCCCACCAGUAAAAACCAGUGCUCCAGCCUGAAGGGUCGGAAGAUACCACUCAAGGGAAACGGCAGGAGGAUCGAUUACAUCCUGUACAGCGAAGAGGGGCUGCAGCAGGACUGGAAAGUGGACGUGGAGGAGUUCAGCUUCAUCACGCAGCUGGCGGGGCUCACGGACCACCUGCCCGUCGCCGUGCGCCUCGCCGUCGCCACUGGGGAGGAGGAGCCGUAGUCAGAGGCCACGCCCACCCCCCGACCGACCCCUCCCACAAUGCCACGGAAAAAGAGAGAGAGAGAGAAAGAAAGAGGGAGAGGGCAGAGAAGUGGAGUUUUUCUUCGUUUUUCUCUGGCACCCCGCAGACGUUUUUGGAAACUGAAUCCGGUUCCACGUCUUCAUUCCAGCCGGCUGCCUGGAAACACCUCGCGGAUCUGCCCUCUACCCCCCCUACCCCCCCCCCCCCCACACCCCGCCUCCCGAACCAAGUUUGCAGUUUUCUUUUAUGAAUGAACCUGCGUGAAUUAACUUUUUAUUGAAGUGACGCUCCCACUCUUCAAGGCGGGGCUUGUUUUCGUUGCCAUGACGAGGGCUGUGGGAACAACACAGAGCCAAAGGGAAAGGUGCAUGAGAACUCCCAGGAUGCCUUGCGGUUCCUCCCCAGCAUGCCCCUCCCCCCCAGUCCCCUACAAGACCAGGGUCGCCUCCCACGGAUCUCAAAAUUUCAAAGUGUCUUCUUUUCUAACGUCUUUCUAACGGUUUAUACUCUCGACCUCACAGUCUCUGUGGGAAGUUGAAACACAUGAUGUGCAUUUCUACUGGAAUGCUGUGUGUGCUAGUAAUAGAAUAACAGACUGUCGUUUCAUGUCGUUGGUCUACUGAAAUAGCCACAGCUCACAGCUGUGUGUGUGUGUGUGUGUGUGUGUCAGUGACGUAGCUAAGGGGGAGAUUUGCGGGUUUGAACCCGAGGUAUUUUUUUCUUCCUGAACUUGACCAAUGAUUUUCUGAAAAUAUUUGGAAGAUGAGAUUAGCGGCAGGACAUUUGUGAGACAUUAAAUGGAAAAGGAAACAAAUUCAAUUUUUAGUUAAUCUGCUAAUUCUGCUAAGAAAUUACUUAAUUUAAUUUUAGGUUAUUUCCGUGCUCUGCCGGAAAAAAAAUGUAUUCCUGGCUACAGUCACUGGUGUGUGCGUGUGCGCGUGCGUGUAUGUGUGUGUGUACGGAGAGAGGUUUGAUCCACUGACUGAUUUCCUGGAUGAUAAGCAUGUUCUCCCGAGACUUAGUAUGUACCCCUGUUGUUGCCAUGGCGACAACAUGUGGAUUGCUCAAGCCUUUGCCACGCCCUGCCAGGCCUUGCCACACCCCUUUUCCUCAGACCUCUUUCCCUUGUCCUUGUCCCUCCGAAAUAACCCCACCCACUCCCACCCCCCUUCGUUACGGUCGCUGGUGGUUGUGUUGGGCACUGAAGGAGGAGGGGCUGGAAGCCCACGGGGUAUUUACACCGAGUUUACUCCACGUCUGCUCAGCCACAGCAGGAGCUAAUGUUUACACCCUUGGCUGCUCACCUCCAGCCUCACUGCUACCCUGUACAGAGACUUUACUGUUAUACCACCCCACCGACUCUGUUCCUCUGUCACCUGUCUGUUUUUAUACUCGCUAAAGCUAUUAUUAUUAUGAUUCUUAUUAUAAUUACGAUUAUGAUGAUGACGAUGCUGAUGAUAAGUCAUUAUUAUUAUUAUUAUUUAAUUACUGUUAUUUUACAAUCGUUAUGAUUAUUAUUGUUGUUGUUGCAGUGGUUGGUGUUAUUACACAUAGAACAUUGUGUGUUUAAAAAAAGAAAGAAUAGCUACACACAUUUUCAUAUGAUUUCAUUUCAGUCUGCAGUUCUUAAGUGCAGUGUUCUGAUUCAGUGCUCUGAUGCAGUGCUCUGAUGCAGUGUUCUGAUUCAGUGCUCUGAUUCUGGGCCCUGAUGCAGUGCUCGGAUGCAGUGCUCUGGUAUUGCGACUGUUGUUUUGAAAAGGCACAGCUUGGAGCAUCUUGGCGCUUCACUGUGUCACUGUUCUGACCGGGAGGCAUCACAGCCAAAGGACUUAUUCAGGUGUCCAUACAAGGCCGGGGACCUUUCUGCAUGGAGAAGAGUGUUUUGGAGGUCAAAGUUCAGAGGUCAGGGUUAAGGCCCUGGGAGCAAUGUAGCUGCAUGCUUUGUAUAAAAUAAUGACACUUCACUACUGCUAGUUUCUCUUCACUUGUGAUCUCCUUCAUUCUUAUCUUUUGUUGUUAUUAUUAUAAUUACUACUCUUAUUUUCAUUUUUAUUUGUAUUUUUUGUGAUGAGAGAUGUUGCUGCUGACUCAGGGCUGGCCUGUUUUACUGACAAAAGCAGCAGAGAAGGGUUUUUUUUCUCAUUUAUUACUGCUUGUUCUACAAUGGCUUCUUUCUUCUAUUUAAAACAUAUUCUCUCUUUGAA